UAAAAUAGUGUAGUAGUGGAAGUUUCCAAGAUGCCACCCAAAGGAAAAAGUGGUUCCGGAAAAGGGGGGAAAGGAGGAGCAGCUUCUGGGAGUGACAAUGCGGACAAAAAGGCUCAGGGUCCCAAAGGUGGUGGCAAUGCAGUAAAGGUCAGACACAUUCUGUGUGAAAAGCAUGGCAAAAUCAUGGAAGCCAUGGAAAAAUUAAAGUCCGGAAUGAAAUUCAGUGAAGUGGCCGCACAAUAUAGUGAAGAUAAAGCCAGGCAAGGGGGCGACUUGGGUUGGAUGACCAGAGGGUCCAUGGUGGGACCAUUUCAAGAAGCAGCAUUUGCCUUGCCUGUGAGUGGGAUGGAUAAGCCUGUGUCCACAGAUCCACCAGUUAAGACAAAAUUUGGAUAUCAUAUCAUUAUGGUUGAAGGGAGAAAAUAAAAUCAUAUGAAUAAAGUUGAAA